UAUUCCGAAGGAGUAGGCAAGACACCUGUCAAGAAGAGACUUAAAUCCAGCCUGUUACAACAAUAGCGCUGCUGGGAUAUAACUCAACGCAUGGAAUAAGGACGUAAUUUUGCUUCGAUACAGACUGGACGAAUCAAGCCUGAUUUUGGGCGCUUGAGAAAAACCAAUGCGCAUUUAAAGCUUCCAUCUCUCGAACGGCCAUUUAGUUGUUUAGAACUUUGAUAUACCACCUAUUGUGUUUCCCCCAUAGACGGUUUAGGUUUUCCAUUCGAACUCACUAGUGGACCAACGCUUUAUCAUCAAUUUGUUAACAGAGGUCUGGAGACAAUGCAUCCCACUAUUCAGAAAGACACUACUUUCACUAAGAUAUUUGUCGGCGGUUUACCUUAUCAUACAAACGACGCAUCCCUUCGAAAAUACUUCGAGAUGUUCGGGGAUAUUGACGAGGCCGUUGUGAUAACGGACAGACAAACCGGGAAAUCCCGAGGAUACGGAUUUGUGACUAUGAUGGACAGGGGGUCGACAGAACGGGCAUGUAAAGACCCCAACCCCAUCGUCGACGGGAGGAAGGCUAACGUCAACCUGGCCUACCUGGGAGCCAAGCCCCGCAGCCCACAGACAGGUUUCUCCAUCAGAGUGCAGCAGGUCCACCCCGCCCUGAUCCAGAGGCAGUAUGGAUUGGCCCAGCAGUGUAUGUACUCCCAGGCCUUCCUCCAGCCCAGUCUGGUGCUCCAGUCCCACCUCAGCCCCUCUCAGGCCUCCCUCACUUCUCCAUAUCUGGACUACAGCUCAGCCUAUGUCCCCUACACCUCCACCACCUCCACUGGCCUGGAGCACUACCCCUACACUCCCUCCCCCUCGCUCUCCGCCAGCUACCUCAGCUACCCCUACACCCCCUCCCCCUCGCCCUCCGCAAGCUACCUCAGCUACCGCUACUCCCCUGCCACACAAGGUCCUACCAUUUCCGCCCCCAUUACCCCGCCCGUCCACCCCUCCCUCAACUCCUUUGCUGGCCUCUCUGUCCCCCCCGCUGCCUACCUCCAAUACCCCCUCCACCAGCCUGACCACAUGCUGUGAUGGCGGAGAGGGAGGUGUGGUGAUGUGGGGUGAGGAUGAUCAAAGGGGGGCACUGAUGACAACGUGAAUGGAGACUUGGAACCGGAGGAUUAUUGCGCUAUGACCUGCGACAUCAUCAGUAUGAGACUCCCGACAGCCGAUGAGAGAGUGGGUUCUGAAUCCAAAGGGCUUUGUCAAAACAAAACACACUGGGACGUCUUCCUGUUUUUCUAUUAGGGUUAUUAUCCAU